AAUUUGGACACGAGGAGUUCCCUGGUGGCCCAGUGGUUAAAGAUCCAGCAUUGUCACUGCUGUGACAUGGGUUCGAUCUCUGGCCCAGGAACUUCCGCAUGCCUCAGCCAAGUUGAACCAGUAAACAGUUACACACCAUUAUGGGUCUGGAACACAGGAGUGAUAUAGUGAGAAUAAUGAUUUAAGGAGACAAACCUGGCAGUGGAAUGCAGUGGGGGUGGGGGGACCAGAAGACAGGAUUGUCUCAUAGGUAUAAUCUGGGAAUGAGCCAAUUCAGGGCUAGAUUAGUCUGAGGUGCCUGCAGAAAGGUUAUGUUGAAAUGACUGUUCCAGGGUGGUGGGCAUUUGUCCCUAUAUUCUAUCACACAGUGCUUCAUUUUUUUCUCAAAAAUGUGUCCAAAGGAAGAAAUGAAACAAACAAACAAACAAAACAGAAGGCUAAUCCAGUGCUAUUAUAACUCAGGGCAACCUGAGUGAGCAAUGGCCUAGUCAAAUGUCUGGCUUUGGGAAAUGAACUCAGUCUCUAGACCUCCUAAGAGCUCCACUCCUUGAAAAACACCAAAGGGUGUAAUUUGUUGACCUCAGUGUUUCCAUGAUGUGCUCCUGUUUCUCUCAUAUGCACUUAACUUUUGAGUCUCCUUCCUAAUUGAAGUCACAUGUUAUUUUAUUUACUUCUCCAAAAGAAUGUGAGCAACGGCUAUGUGAUGUACUUGUGUGCGCGUCUCUGUGUGUGUGUGUGUGUGUGUGUGUGUGUGUGUGUGUGUGUGCGCGAGAGCAUGCAGCAGUGAAAAUGCCUGGAGAGCUGGCCCUGAGUAGAUGCAAGAUCUGGUUGCAGCUCUGCCAGUCCGUGACCCUGAGAUGUGUGACAUGCUUCCCGAAGUGCUAAGAGAUCCUUUCACAGAAAGACUUUUGUUUGGUAUAGUGAUCCUUCACUGCGUUGUGGCACAUGGGAAUUCAACCAGGAGCCCUGGAAAUGACAGCCUUCUCUGUGGAGAUGAUGAAGAAAACUGCCCAGGUCAGAUACCUGUGUGGAAAGAUGAAUGUGUAGCUACCACCACACCACCGAAGCGAAGAGGCCACUUCUCUCGGUGCCCCAAGCAAUACAAGCAUUACUGCAUCAAAGGGAGAUGUCGCUUCGUGGUGGCCGAGCAGACGCCCUCCUGCGUCUGUGAUGAAGGCUACGCCGGGGCCAGAUGUGAACGAGUCGAUUUGUUCUACCUAAGAGGAGAUAGAGGGCAGAUCCUGGUUAUUUGUUUGAUAGCAGUUAUGGUCAUUUUUAUCAUUUUGGUGAUCGGUGUCUGCACGUGCUGUCAUCCUCUUCGGAAACAUCGUAAAAGAAGAAAGGUGGAAGAAGAAAUGGAAACUUUGGGCAAAGAUAUAACUCCUAUAAAUGAAGAUAUUCAAGAGACUAGUAUUGCUUAAUGUCUAUGAAGGCGCCUCCAGGCUGGUGCGAGCUACAAAAUGCCUUACUCAUUUGAAAAUGGACAGAAUGUGUCUCAGGAAAACAGCCAGCAAAAUGAAUUUUAAAUAAUGUAUUUACUUUUUUGUUUGUAACAUAAAUUUGUGUUGUUUACUAGUGUUUUAAUAAGAAGAAGAAGUAAUUUUAUUGUUAUAUAGUAUUUGGGAAAAGCAGCCAGUUUAGAAAGGGACAUUUUAGUAAACUUCCACUUAAGUUUUGUCACCAGGACUACCUGUUAAAACAAAAACGGCAAGUCAGAAGGCGUUUACAUCUUAGGAAUUGAAUUAGUAGUACAGCUCUCAUUAAUCCAACAGUCACUAAGAACUUGAAAAACAUUAUGUCUUUUAAUCCUUUCAAGCACCCGUGAUCCUCAUUUCUCAUGUAUGGAAACAGGCCCAAAGAAGUUAAAUAAUCUAAACCAGAUUUACAGUGUCAGGAAUUGGUGGAGCUGAAAUUAGAACCAAGAUGCACCCAAGGUCAAAGUUUGCGCUCUUAACCAUCCUUUUUGUGCAUUGGCGUCAUCGCAACCCAACUCACAACACAGUCCAAGACUUUAUAUUAGACAGUGUUCAGCCAUGACUCUGAGAUAUUGGCACAUCUUUCUGCAGAAACUCAGAAUGCAGAGCCCUGGAAUAUGUGUUACUGUCACCAUCAUACUGUCUGUAGUCUUGAUUUUCCUGAUGUUUCUUUGCUCCUUUAUAAAUUCCCAGUAAUACACAUACAUUCUUAUAUUACUAAAGCAAAUAGAUUUGCCCCAUAGCUAGGGUAAUGAACAGAGAUGGAAAGUAGGUGCCUGGCAGUCUUUAAGCCUCGGUAUGUGUUUAUGCUCACUACAGUGUGGGGAAUAAAUAGUCCUGGAAGGGCUAUUUUUCCCAGGCUGAAAGGUCAGUGACACAUGGCAGAGUCUAGGCAGAGACUGGCUGUGACCAUAUUCUCAUGCUUGUUCUUCUAAGAGACAGUACCUGUGAUUGCUUUUAGGUGAAGUUUGGUGCAAUCAUCUUAUGACCAUAGUCCUCUAUGGCUUGGGACCACCUUACCAAAUGCACCUUCAACUCCUUAUUGCAUGUAAUAAAGAUCCUUUUAAACCAGAAAAGGCAGAAGGCACAUCCAGCCAAUAUUCCACAGAAUAUGGACUUUCCUGCAUUGGCUGGGUGGAUCCCUUCCAAAAACUGACGACAGAUGUCCUCCAAUUGCUGCAUGUUGGCUGCUGUGCCUGUCAGCAAAGCAGCUUUUCCAGAAUCUUUGUACAUUUUCACUUGGCAGUGUAGAUGCCACACCCAAAGUGAGGUAGAGAAUUCAGAGAAAAGGAGAAGUCGUGUAUCACCUUCCACCACACACCAUGUUUUAAGGGAAACUGAGGCUGCGCUUAAGUAUAACACAGAAAUAGCUCAAAUAUCAAUAAGAGCUAAGACAAACAACUGAUAAUCUUCUAAAUCUAUUGUUUCUCCUGGUUUAAUGACCAUCCUUGAAAUGGGAUUAUAUCAAAUGAUUCAUGUUGGAGCCCCUUUAUUUUGAAAAGCCUCCUUCUGAGUUUAUUCAUGCCCUCUCAUUCUCAGUCUUCUUUGGUACAAAGUGUGCUUGAAACAAAUGCUUAUUAGACCAUUUAAAGUUAAAAAACAAGGCUGUAAAUGUUUCUUCUUUCCUGAACUGAGAUUGCUUGGCCAAUGAAAUCUCUCAAGCCAGUUCAAGUUCAGGAAUUUUAUUCUGAUCCAAAAAUGUCAUUAGCAUUUUGUCGCUUGAAAUUUGGUAGAUCUCUACUACCAAGAAAGAAUUGUAGAGAUUUUCCUGUCUUUUCAAAGGGUAUUUUAAAAUUGUUUCACAUAUGCUAAAUGACUUUGUUUAUAUGAACCGUCAGUAUUAUCAUGUAACAAAAUAAAUUUAUUUUUAAAACAAACCAAA